AUGGGAGAGGUGGCGCUGAAGAGGGUGAGCGGUCGUUUCGGCACCGGCGUCCUCUCUUACUUCCUGUUCGUCAAGACCCUCCUCUUCUUCAACAUCUUCCUGUUCCUGGUCACGGGUUUGUUGCUGGCCGUGCCCCAGGCAGUACACCCCCCCACAUUAACCCAGGGAUACGAAGCCUUCUCUGGGCUGGAGCUGCUCACUGGAGGGGGUUAUUUCUCAGACUCAGUGAUGUACUAUGGUUACUAUAGUAACUCUACCCUGUCUAAGGACUGUAGAGUCACUAGUAGCAGUAUGGGGCAGCAGCCCAGUCCCUCUGUAUCUAGAAGGACAAUGGAAACAGACUGUGGAGGGAAGCCGUCCUACAACAUGCCCCUGGCAUACUUCUUCACCAUAGGACUGGCUUUCUUCAUCACCUGCAUCAUCCUCGUCUACAGCAUGUCCAAGUCGUUUGGUCAGAGUUUCCGUAUAGACAAGUCACAUGGUAUCCUGGCGAUGAAGGUGUUCUGUUCCUGGGACUUUAAAGUCAUCAAGAAAACCUCCGUCAAACUCCGGUCUGAAAACAUCUGCAUUCAACUCAGGGAGUUGUUAGAGGAGACGAGUCGUAAGCAGGUCCAGAAGACUGUGUGUCAGAGAAUAGGACGUGUGCUGGUACAUGUUCUGGCCUGGUUCAUCUGUAUCGGCAGUACAGUGGCCUGUGUUCUAGCUCUCUACUACUUCUCUGAGUACAUGCACAAGGACCUCCAGUACAGAUCUCGUAUUCCCACUAAGGACCCUCUCCUGAAGGAAGCCAGUCUGUUAGCCCUGCCAGUCGUAGUGUCUCUCAUCAACCUCCUGCUCCCUGGCAUCUUCAACGCUACUGCCUGGAUGGAGGAGUACGACUCGCCCAGCGUAAACACAUACAUCGCCAUCAGCAGGAACCUGAUGUUGAAGGUGAGCGUGCUGGUAGUGCUGUGCUUCCAUUGGCUGGGCCGGAUCGCUUCUGACCCCCACAGCAUCGGCCUGCAGUGCUGGGAGAGUUUUGUAGGACAAGAGCUGUACCGCUUCCUCCUCAUGGACUUCAUCUUCACCAUACUGGACACCUUCUUUGGAGAGUUCCUCUGGAGGUUGUUUUCUCAGAGGGUGUUGAAGAGGAAAAGAAAGCCUGUGUUUGACAUCUCCAGGAACGUGUUGGAACUCAUCUAUGGACAGACACUGGCCUGGUUGGGGGUGUUGUUCUCUCCUCUGCUUCCUGCUGUACAGAUCAUCAAACUACUGCUUCUCUUCUACAUGAAGCAGACUAGUGUGAUGAUGAACUGCCAGUCCCCUCGGAAGCCCUAUAGGGCCAGUCAGAUGAGCACCAUCUUCAUCACUCUCCUCUGCUGCCCUUCCUUCCUGGGGGCUGCUGUUUGUGUCAGCUACACCAUGUGGAGCAUCUGUCCGUCUGAGUCAUGCGGUCCGUUCCGCAGCCUGUCCACUAUGUUCCAGUCAGGGAAGCUGUGGGUGAAGGAGUUGGAGACACACAACCCUAACCUGGCCUGGUUAGCCUGGGCUCACAGCUACAUAGUGGAGAACCCUCUGUUUCUGUUCCUCGCUGCUGGGAUCUUCCUGAUCGUGAUUUACUUCAACACCCAGGUGGUGGAUGGACAGAGGAAGAUUAUCAGUCUGCUCCAGGAGCAGAUAGAAAACGAGGGGGAGGAUAAGAAGUUCCUGAUCACUCGUCUCCAGGCCAUCCACCAGCAGAACCGACCCCUCUCCCCUCGCAGGCUCACCAGUCAGGCCAGUCAGGAUUCCAACUGUUAGCAUUCCAACUACUGAAAGGGCAUUCUCUCCCUUCUCAUUGGAGGGAAUAUCUCAGAAAAUGUCCCGAAUGGACCAACCUGGAUGUAGCUCUCCUCUCCUGCCUCUGGGAAGAGUUGUUAAGGGAUUCUUCAACUGGAAAACUAUUCUCAUAGGAUGUCGUCUUUCCCAGGAAGCUGAGUUGGGACUGGGACUAUAAAGGGAUUUACUUCUUCACAAUAACAAAUCCCACAGACGCCAAAACGGGAUUCUGAUAGGAUCCACACUCUUUCCCAGGAAGCUGGUCCUUAUAAGGAUUGGGAAUAGGAUUGGGAAUGGGAAUAGGAUUGGGAAUGGGAAUAGGAUUGGGAAUGGGAAUGGGAAUAGGAUUGGGAAUGGGAAUAGGAUUGGGAA